GACUAGUAUUCACAUACGAUACGUCAGAGGUUUUGGCAACCCGUAGGUGAACUAUUUUCUUCAUUGUUGACCUUUCCUAAAUCUUAGGUGUAAUUAUUUCAUCAUUAGAAGUGCUUUAGCUUUACCGUUUAUAUCAAGUGUAGAUAUUUUGACAAAGCCUCAACGAUGGACUCGGAAGACGAUACAAAGGAUGAUGUGGAUUCUGGGAACGAAUCGAGCGGAGACGAUGUCGACUUUGUAAUGGACGAGACCCACAGUACUAGGGAACGGCAGGUGGAGCUGGAUGAAUACCCGUACGAGGUGCUAUCUACAGAGGAAAUCGUCCAACACAUGGUUGAUUGCAUCAAAGAAGUGAACACAGUCGUCGAGAUACCAGCUACAACCACCCGCAUACUGCUAAAUCACUUCAAAUGGGAUAAAGAAAAGCUCAUGGAACGUUUUUACGACGGCGACCAGGAUCAAUUGUUUUCCGAGGCUAGAGUCAUAAAUCCAUUUAGAAAACCAGUUAUACAGAGGCCAAAGAACGUGUUGCAGCUGCCGAGACGGACGUCGACGUCGGGAACUGAAGAGUGUGAAAUAUGUUUCACAGUAUUGCCAACUGCCAUGAUGACGGGUCUGGAAUGCGGCCAUAGAUUUUGUACACAAUGCUGGUGCGAAUACUUGACUACCAAAAUAAUGGAGGAAGGCUUAGGUCAAACUAUAGCGUGUGCGGCGCACGCGUGCGACAUAUUAGUCGAUGACGCGACUGUAAUGCGACUGUUGCGCGACGCGCGCGUCAAGCUCAAGUAUCAGCACAUCAUUACCAACAGCUUUGUGGAGUGCAACCGACUGCUCCGCUGGUGUCCGUCGCCGGACUGCAGCAACGCGAUCAAGGUGGCGUACGUGGAGGCGGCGCCCGUCACGUGCCGCUGCGGGCACACGUUCUGCUUCAGCUGCGGCGAGAACUGGCACGACCCCGUGCGGUGCUCCCUGCUGCGCAAGUGGAUCAAGAAAUGCGACGACGACUCUGAAACAUCGAACUGGAUAGCGGCGAACACAAAGGAAUGCCCGAAGUGCAACGUGACCAUCGAGAAGGACGGCGGAUGCAACCACAUGGUGUGCAAGAACCAGAACUGCAAGGCGGACUUCUGCUGGGUCUGCCUCGGGCCCUGGGAGCCCCACGGUAGCAGCUGGUACAACUGUAACAGAUACGACGAGGACGAGGCGAAGGCGGCCCGCGACGCGCAGGAGCGGUCGCGCGCGGCGCUGCAGCGGUACCUGUUCUACUGCAACCGCUACAUGAACCACAUGCAGUCGCUGCGCUUCGAGUCCAAGCUGUACGCCUCCGUCAAGGAGAAGAUGGAGGAGAUGCAGCAACACAACAUGAGCUGGAUCGAGGUGCAAUUCCUGAAGAAGGCCGUAGACAUCCUCUGCCAGUGCCGGCAGACGCUCAUGUACACGUACGUGUUCGCGUACUACCUGCGCAAGAACAACCAGUCGGUCAUCUUCGAGGACAACCAGCGCGACCUGGAGUCCGCCACCGAGACGCUCUCCGAGUACCUGGAGAGGGAGAUCACCAGCGAGAACCUGGCCGAUAUCAAGCAGAAGGUCCAGGAUAAAUAUAGAUACUGCGAGAGCCGGCGCCGCGUGCUGCUGCUGCACGUCCACGAGGGCUAUGAACAGGACUGCUGGGACUACACAGAGUAAUCACCUCCCACCUCACUCACGCCUCACACCUCACAUUACUCAACUAACCAC